UCUUGACUCGUGAGUCCUCACAGUCACUCCUCACUACGCAGACUGAUCCAAGAAGGAGGUCAGUCAGCUCGUCCCCAACUUUUCAGGGCAUCGACAUCCAUCUUGGCUCGACCCGCAUGCGCAAAGGAGUCUCUAGCGAGAUCCGCGUCCACAAGCACGACUCCUCAUUCGACCAUUCAGCCGCUCUCACAACAGCACUCUCUCCACACCAAAGUGCCUCAUUACCGCCAUGUCCACAUCCACAAAAGCCUCAAACGUCAGCAAGAGUAUCCUGAACUCACUCAGGCACGAGCUCAAGCACUCGCGACGCAAUGUGGCCAACGUUUCUUCCGGCGAGACGGUCUCUCCUCUCUCGCUGUAUGUAAAUCAAGUGGCUCGAGGUAUUGAGUCGGAGGACUCGGCAAGUGCGGAGAGCAGACGGAGACUCAGGCAGCUGCGAGAGCUCGAGCUGACACUGAGGAGUAGCAGGGUGCACGCUGAACUGCUUCAGCGGUACAAUCCUACGCACGGCAUGUCGGAAGCUGAGCGAAUCCGAACGAGCGCGCGCGUAGUCGGCUGGGAAGUUCCGCUGGAGUAUGUAGACGAAGACGGAUCACUAGCCAAGGCGGUAGAAGGCUUGGACAGCGCGGACGAGGUGCAGGUGCAAGAGAGCAGGAGGAAGGUGGAAGAGCUCAAAGCCAAGCACGAAGCCAAGGGCUACACGGGACCCUUGCCCUUCCCGCCCGAAUCGGGAUAGGCCCGCCCUCGUCACGAAUGCGAUUCCAU